AUGAGGGCAAAUGAAGUUGGCGCCAGCUUUGGGGUGAAGGAGUCGGAGGUUCAAUACGGGGAAGCGCCAACCCUCGCGUCGAGACCAAGUGUCUCCGCUUCAGGCUCACGUGGAGCAUUCAGUUGUCGGAGGUGGCGACUGCUGUCAGGAAAGCCAAAAGACGGCGAUGCUGUCGGCACAAGAGCCGAACCAAACCUGGCUGAAGUCGCACUUCGAACGGUGCAGCGUCCAUCGACAGCCGAUGUCGAUUCCAAGAACUGGGCCUCAGCAGCGACGCCGUUUGCAACAAUACUACCACGAGACACGGUCGUUCCAACAAUUUCACGCAAGUCCGUGGCUGCUGCAGUCUUGACGUCCGCUUGUCCACCGGAGAAUACGAAGAAGUGGGAGCGUGAAAUGACCAUUUGCGAGCGAAAGCACGUCAAGGCCAUGGGGAGAAUGGUCGCAAGGAUCUAUCGUGGCAAAGGCGUUGGAGAGGACCCCGCAGAGCCUUCCAGAAGGCGAAAAAAUCGCGAAAAGCAGGCGCUGAAGGAUCACAUUUACCUGCCCGUGUUGUGCCAAGCUAGAGCUGGUGGGUCUCGCGACUUGUCACCUCCCCGGGCGUCCAAGUCAGUACAACCAUUACCUCAACGGGAAGUUUCUUCUCAA